ACCUAAUUGGCGAAAUCAAUUAGGUUUCGCCACGAACACUGAAUGUAUCCAUGUCAAAUGGUGUCCCAAUUCAACUUCUGAUUUUGGCCUUCGAAUGGCGUCCUUCUUGGUGGUUUAGUUUAGCAUUGCGCAUGGCAGUCAAACUGGUAGGCAUCAGUUUUUAAGUAGAAGGGUCCCUUCUCGUGCUCAAGCAGCCGCUGCCACAAGAUGGCGUCCCCAGCAAUUGCUGGGAAGGGGCUGCUGAAGAAGACCUACCGCCCAGCCUCCAAGCUUGAGGUGUUCUACACUGGGGGCCGUGUAGCACUUUCCAAGGAUGGCAGCUUCGUGGUGUGCCCCUGCUCAGAGGAAGUGAAGGUUGUUGACAUUGCCAGCAACACAGUAUUGAGAACGUUCCCAGGGGAUACGGAGCUCAUCACCGCAGUUGCGGUGGGGCCCAAGGGGCGGAAUGUGUUCAGUGCAAGCCGCAGCUUGCAGGCGAAGUGGUGGGAUAAGGAGACGGGGGAGUGCCGGCGCAGCUGGAAGGCACACGAUGGCCCGGUGGCGGAUAUGGCAGUGGAUGCCUCCGGGGGGCUGCUGGCAACAGCAAGCACGGACAGGAGCGUGCGCGUGUGGGAUGUUGAGAAGGGCUUCUGCACCCACUCGUUCAAGGGGCACCAGGGGGUGGUCUCCCGGGUCCUCUUCCACCCAGACGCACACCGAUUGCAGCUCUUCUCCGCUGGCGACGACGCCAGUGUAAAGGUCUGGGACCUGGUCACCAAGACGUGCGCCGCAACAUUGCGCAAGCACUUCUCAACCGUCACGGGGCUGGCGGUGUCUACGGAUGGGUGGACGCUGCUUAGCGUGGGGCGCGACAAGGUGGCCAAUGCGUGGAAUCUGCGCGACAACACGCUCAUCACGACUGUGCCCGUCUACGAGGCUCUCGAGGGCGUCUCUGUGGUCCCCCCCGGGUCGGCCUUACCGGGCGCCCUGCGUAUCCUGGAGCCAGCUCUGAAGCGGGCCAGGAAGAAAAGUCCAGCCGGUGUCCGCUUCGUCACGGUGGGGGAGUCGGGCGUUAUCCGCGUGUGGGAUGCUGAUAGCGCCAAGUGCGUGUAUGAGUAUCGUUCGCCCACGGUGGAGGCGCUGUCGUCUGCGGCGAAGAGCGAAGACGAGGGCGCGGUGGCCGCGCUGCGGCUGACGGAUGUGGUGGCCACGCACGGCGGGGACGGCCUCAUGUGCGCCACGGGAGACCAGCGCCUCGUCUUCUACGAAGCGGCGCAGCAGGAGCGCGAUGGGCAGGUGUCCGACGGCGGAGAGGCGUCGACGUCCGGCUCUGCGCUGCAUAUGGCGAAGGAGCUGAUUGGUUACAACGACGAGAUCACGGACCUGCGGUUCCUGGGGCCUGAGGGGCAGACUUUGGCGGUGGCCACCAAUAGCGAACAGAUCCGGCUGUACGACCUGGCGACGCGCGCCUGCUCGCGCUCCCUCAUCGGCCACACCGACAUCGUCCUCUGCCUGGACGCCGCUACCGGCCCCUCGGGGCAACCGCUCCUCGCGUCCGCCGGCAAGGACCACAGCCUCCGCAUCUGGGACGUCGCCACUGGGGCGUGCCUCGCUUCUGCCACGGGCCACUCCGCGGCGGUGGGCGCGCUCGCGUUCUCGCGGCGCGGGUGCAAGUUUGUCGUCACGGGGGCGAGCGACCGGACGCUCAAGUACUGGACGCUGGAGAAGCUGUUUGCGGACGGUGGAAUAAAGUCGCAGGCGGUGGUGGCGGCGCACGAGAAGGACAUUAAUGCCGUGGCUAUUGCGCCCAACGACAGCCUUGCGUGCACCGGCUCGCAGGAUCGGACGGCCCGGAUCUGGCGGCUGCCCGAACUUGCUCCCGUCCGAACGUUGCGAGGCCACAAGCGGGGGAUCUGGUCCGUCGAGUUCUCGCCCGUCGAUCAGGCUGUCCUGACUGCCUCGGGCGACAAGACGGUGCGCAUCUGGGCCCUGGCGGACGGGUCGUGCCUCAAGACCUUCGAGGGCCACACCGCGUCAGUGCUGCGGGCGACCUUCCUCAGCCGGGGCACGCAGAUCGUGUCAGCAGGUGCGGACGGCUUGGUGAAGCUGUGGACAAUCCGGACCAACGAGUGCGUCAACACCUUCGACGAGCACCAGGACAAGAUCUGGGCCCUGGCGGCAAGCCCCGACGAGACCCGCCUUGCGACGGGCGGCGGCGACUCCUUAGUAGCCGUUUGGGCGGACACGACGCGCGAGGACGAGUCGGAGGCUCUAGCAGAGGAGCAGGCGGAGCUGCUGAAAGACCAGGACCUCAGCAACGCGCUCGCGGCCACGGACUACGUGCGCGCGCUGCGGCUGGCGUUCGAGCUGCGGCGACCGUUCCGCAUGCUGAAAGUGUUCGAGGAGCUGCUGCGGGGGGCGGGGGGGGCGGAGAAGGUGGAGCACGCAGUGGCGGGGCUGGACAAGGAGCACCUGCAGCUGCUGCUGUCCUACAUUCGGGAGUGGAACUCAAACGCGCGCUUCUGCCACACAGCGCAGGCGGUGCUGUCGGGCGUAUUCAGAGUGCAUCCUCCUGACACUCUAGCGGAGGUCCCUCAAAUAAAGGAGAUUGUGGAGGGCCUGUUGCCCUACUCGCAGCGGCACUUCAACCGGAUGGAUCGCCUGGUUCGGAGCACCUUCUUACUCGACUACACGCUGGCGUCCAUGUCCGUGCUCGCGCCCACCGAGGAUGCGGCCGCGGCUCAGCACGAGGUCGCGCUGGCGCCAGAGCUUCCGCCCGCGGAGCUCGAGAAACCGAGCGGAAAGCCGUUGAUAUUUAGCGGGGUAGACCUGAGCCAGUACGGCAUUACUAGCUUGGACCAGGUAAAGCGGGUGCAAGUGGUGGACAGUGACUACGAGGGGAGCAGCGGGCCAGAGGAUGAGGGGGUAGAGAAAGCAGGGGUCAGUGAGGGAGAGGAAGGGGAAGGGCCGGAGGAGGGGACCGGUGCAGAAGACGAUGACAUCAGGGACGAGGGGGAUGGUGCGGGAGUACCAGAGACGGAAAAAGAGGAUGACCCAGUGGGGCCUCGGAAAAAGGCAAAGAAAAAGGGGAUUGGAAACGGUCACGGGGAGGUGGAGAACGGAGACACUCCGGGAAAAAAUGAGAAGAAGAAGAAGAAGAAAGUAGAGGUCAGCGGUAGUGAAGUCAAAAGCGACAAGAAAAAAGGGCUUCUAGGGUCUCGUAGCAAGCUAGGAGCGAAUGGCUCCUCAAAACAACGAAAAAGGACCAAAUCGUGAAUGCGAGAAGGAAGGUGGACUCCUUGAGCUAUGAGUACGAAGGUAUCGGUCGAUGGCUGUGAGGCUUUGUUGCAUCAUAAUCUCGUCAAGUGUCAAAAGUCGCAUGAAGCUUAAACUUGCUCGGGUAAAAUUCCGCUAUUGGGCCAUGAGGCUUUCCAACC